AUGAUCUGGUUCAGGGUUCCUAAACCAGAUAAAUUACAGAAUCGAUAUGUCACGACCGGUGGUAGUGGUCUUUCUAUCAACGCUGGCGCAGUCUCAAACCCUGCUGGUGUUAUAGUUGGCGCCGUUUCGGGUUAUACAGACGGUGGUUUCGGUACCUUCGAUUCAUCUUGGGAUGAGGUCUUCCUCUUUGCUAAUGAUACCAUUAAUUGGCAGUCCGUCUAUAUGAUGGGAUAUCAGGCUCACUGGGAAUUCGCAACUUUGGGAAAGGAAUUUACCAAGAACUUCUUCAAUGUUUCUGAUCAAAUUUAUUCUUACUACCAAGCUUGUUCUGAGGGUGGCCGCGAGGGUUGGACCCUUCGCUACGGUCAGCAGCAGGUUAACCACUUGACUGCUGGCGUGACCGAGCAGACUCUGGGUUGUUAUCCAUCGAGUUGUGAAAUGGAGAAGAUUCUGAACUUGACCAUAGCUUUCUGCGAUCCUCUGGAUGGGAAGACCGAUGGUUUUGUCUCGCGAUCAGACCUGUGCAAGCUACAAUUUAACGUGAACAGCGCCAUCGGCGAGUCCUACUACUGCGCUGCAUUAUCAAGCAGUUCUUCUGGUCCAGGUAAACAUCAGAUUGGUAGUACGAGUACCACCCCUGAGCAAAAUGGAACUGUCACGGCGGAGGCUGCUGUGCUCGCCCAAACACUCUGGGAUGGGCUUCAUGACUCUAAUGGAAAACACGCCUACAGUUACUACCAACCUGGUGCCGAGUUCGGCGACGCAGAUACUACGUACAGCUCGGAAACUGGAGAAUGGGAGGUUUCUAUCACCGGCCUUGGCGGUCAGUGGGUCGCACAAUUUCUUCAGCUCCAGGAGGUUGACAAUUUGAGUACCCUGGAAAACGUUACCUACGAUACUUUAAAGGAGUGGAUGAUCUAUGGAAUGCAUAAGUAUGGCGACUCAUUGCAGACUACUGAGCCUGAUGUCAGCGCUUUUGCAAACGCCGGUGGUAAGGUUAUUUACGUUCAUGGCGAACAGGACCCUUCGAUCCCUACUGCUUCAUCGAUCCACUACUACGAAUCCGUCCGUAGCGUUAUGUUCCCCAACAUGACUUUCAACUUUAGCACAGAAGCCAUGGAUGAAUUCUACCGCCUCUUCCUUGUUCCCUGUGGUGCUCACUGCGGAGUCAACACCGAACAGCCAGAUGGCGGAUGGCCCGCGACAACCCUACAGACAAUGAUCGAGUGGGUCGAGAACGGUAUCGCGACCGCAACUUUCAACAACACUAGUACUACUGCCCCUACUCUUUGCAAGUGGCCUCUGCGCCUAUUGUGGUCAAACAGUGGUACUUCUUUCGACUGUGUUUACGACUAA